AUGGGCUCUGUCUUUUAUCAAGAAACAUGCGAAUGUCAAGCAGAACUCGUCGUUAAGAAGGGAGAUCCUGAAGAUGAUUGUUUUGAAGAUCUUGAUACAGGCUGGGCAUGGAUGGUUCUGAUCGCAAGUUUCUUGACGUUCUGUCUUGUAGGGGCGGCCAUUUACGCCGUUGGAAUAACGCACGCUGUUCUCCUUGACAAAUAUGGCGCGAGCGUUGCCGUGACGUCAUGGGCUGGGGCCUUACACAGUGCACUGAACACGCUUGGAGCACCGCUAUCCAGCUUGCUGAUAGAUCGCUUCAGCUGUAGAGUGACCCUUGUGCUGUCCGGGGUCUGCUACACGGUCGGGUUUCUCGCCACUGCGUAUGCGCCAAACAUCUACAUCGCUAUAUUCACAUGCGGGAUACUGGCAGGAACCGGGGGAGCUCUCGGAUACACAGCAAGCAUGGUUGUCGUUGGUUUCAACUUUCGUUCAAAACGCAACUUGGCACUAGGAAUAUCAAACGCAGGGAUCGGAUUUGGAUUGUUCGCUCUGGCACCUGUAAUGCAAAAGGCAAGAGAAGAGUAUGGGUCAACUGGAUAUUUCCUAAUUAUGGCAGGUUUAACAGCGAAUAUCGUGACCUUCGGGAUGCUUUGUUUCCCAAGUGAGCUUGAGUUACAUACACAUCGGACAAGAAAUCGUAAAGAAAAAGACGCAUCCGAGAGGUGUUCAUUUUUAAAGUCUUAUUUUAUGGUGCUCUCUAACAAAGGCAUACUAGUGUUGUGUAUUUCUAUGAUGUUGUUCUGUGUUGGCACGUAUCUAGCAUAUAUGUACCUUCCAAGUUUUAUUGUAUCUACUGGAAUAAGCGCAAGACAUUCCGCAUUACUUAUAUCUUUAUCCGGUAUAUUUUCCAUAGCCGGGCGAAUUCUUACAGGAAUUGUGUCAUCAAAGUUUCACGCUAAUGUUAUUGUUAUAUAUUGUGGAUCAAUAUGUGCGGUUGCAAUAUCACUUAUAGUGUACCCAUUUAUUUCAAAGCAUUUUAUUGGACACGUUAUAUUCGUAGUUAUAUACGGACUGCUUGUGGGCUCGCCUUACGUGGUAGCUAUGCCCGUUAGUCUCAUGUUUAUUGAAAUGCAACAUCUCGCCGUGAGCCUGGGACUUCAGUUUUCCUUCGGCGGAAUCGGCGCAAUCGUUGGUCCUGUGAUAGCUGGAAUAUUGGUAGACCACUUUGGCAACUACGAAAUGUCUUUCAUUGUGGCAGGUGUCUGCGUCCUUGUCUCUGGAAUCGUUGGCAUUCUUAGUGUUCGUUGCAAAAGAGCGUUUAAACAGUCAAUAGAGGUGAAUGUGGACGACCCCAAAACCUAACUAAUGCGAUCAGGGACAAGAAAAUACGUGGUUCUGAUUGGUCUACACAUGAGCCGGAUUUGCGGAUAUACCGAUGGGGGUCAAAAGCACUGGCAUAGAGAGAACAUACAGAUUUGAAAGAACAAAACUCACAGAUGAUGGUGACUAUCGGGGCGAGAAUCGUUGUCAAUACUGUAUCCUGGAUUUGCAUAUCUAUUAAGGAGACUUUACCACAGGCGAUUUAAAGUUUCAAUAAAGUUCAAAAGUUCAAACUGCAAAAACAAUUUACAUAUUAGUAAUGUUUAUGCAAGACCUUAUCAAAUGCCAUGAUACCAAACGUAUUUGGGAAUUCAGCCAUCACAAUUCAACAUUAUCACCAAUGGCAAUUAGAUCACAAGCUUAUAUGUGUGUUCAUUGGAUACCUUGAACUCGAGACAGAGGCUAUCUAAGUACGUGUAUAUUUCCAUAAUAUAUUUGAAUAUAUAGUAAUGGAGCCGCUAUUCAUAUCAAUGGAUUAGGUUUUCAUAAAAUUAUUCAUCAAACGUUGAAAGUUGAAACUUCCUGCAUUACAUGAUACCUUUUUAAGCUAAUUAGAAUACACAUUAAAACCGUCGACUUUUAUAUCAUACCACAAAAGUGUAUGUAUACAUAAACUAUCAAAGCGUUACAUUCAUCUUUGAAAGUAUAAUCAUUCAUAGCAAAC